CGGCGGUCGGGAGGCGCUCGAGUCAGCAUCUCUUCUGCCUCCCCAUCAUCACUACCCUUCAGCAUCCGACAAAAAGAAAAAAAAAAUUCCCCAGAAAAGGUACAGGGAUAUUAGGGAAAGGGACUGGAUGUUGUUCAGGAUGAGCUGAUCCUUUGACACCAUGAUGAACCCAUCAUCUGCCGACUCGCCGCGGCAGCCAGACAAUAGCAGCCGGAAGCAACAGCAACGAUCGUCGUCCCCGGCCGGGCUAAAAGACGCUGCAUCUAAAACUACGCAGAAGGGCAGCAACUCGUCAAAGCCCAUCACAUCAAAACAGGGAGGAGGGGGAGGGAGAACUAGCCGAGGUCAUUCUCCCGUGUCCACAGGCAGGGAGCGGCAGGCCGGAGGCGCUCCUGCCACCAGAGGCGCGGCUGCUGUCCAGUCUGCUGGUGCUGAAAAUCCGACGCAGAGCAGGCCCACGGUGGCGGCAGACAGAGGCACCGUCCAGACAGCAGAAGACUCCCCCCGCCUUGUCGCCGACGCUUCCUCGCCCUCUAGAGCAGACCAGAACCGUGUUGUCUCCGACCAACCCUGUGCAUCCAAGUCCCCCAAACUGAGGAGCAAAAAUCCGAGGGGAGGCGAGAGCGCCGCGACGACAAGUAGCAGCAAAAAGAGCUCGAAAGGCACAGUAGGCUGUGGACCCGGUUUCUGGAAGGAGGGAUGCUUGCAGUCCGAGCUAAUACAGUUUCACUUGAAUAAGAGCUUGGGAAAGAAAGGGACAAAGAUGCAGGCAAAAUCAGCAUCUCCACCGGCCUCUGAGCCCGAGCUGUCCCCCGAGCCCGACAGUUCGCAGGUGGCUGCACAGCCAGACCAGAGAAUAGAAGAAGAAAUCGAGAGGUUGGAGGAUGAAAAUGAGGAUCUAAAGAAUGAAAUCGAGGAGAUGCGGGCAGAGAUGGAUGAGAUGAGGGACACCUUCUAUGAAGAAGACGCCUGCCAGCUGCAGGACAUGCGCAGAGAGCUUGAAAGAGCCAACAAGAACUGUCGGAUUCUCCAGUACAGGCUAAAGAAGGCUGAGAGAAAGCGGCUGAGGAUCACAGAAAGCGGCCAAGUGGAUGGUGAGCUGCUUAGAAGUCUGGAGCAAGACCUGAAAGUGGCAAAGGAUGUGUCUGUGCGCUUGCACCAUGAGCUGGAAAAUGUGGAGGAGAAGAGGACAAAGACAGAGGAGGAGAAUGAGAAGCUCAGGCAGCAGCUGAUCGAGGUGGAGGUUACCAAACAGGCCCUGCAAAAUGAACUAGAAAAAGCCAAAGAGCUCUCACUCAAAAGAAAAGGCAGUAAGGACGGGCAGAAAGCAGACAGAAAGACUCCACAGACCCCAAUGGAGGAAGAAAAUGAAGAUCUGAAAUGUCAGCUGGCUUUCAUCAAAGAGGAAGCCGUCUUGAUGAGGAAAAAGAUGGCAAAGAUCGACAAAGAGAAGGACCGACUUGAGCAGGAGCUCCAGAAGUACCGGUCCUUCUAUGGGGACGUGGACAGCCCUCUGCCUAAAGGUGAGGCUGGAGGGCCUCCUACCACACGUGAAUCGGAGCUGAAGCUCCGUUUACGCCUUGUGGAGGAGGAGGCAAACAUCUUGGGGAGGAAGAUUGUGGAGCUCGAGGUGGAGAACAGAGGGCUGAAAGCUGAGCUGGAUGACAUGAGGGAGGACAGUUUGGCAGCAGCAGGAGUGGAUGGCUCUAGCAGUGGAGGUCAACAGAGCAGAGAGCAAGGCGAGGCUCUCUCAGAGCUCAGGCAGCAGCUUCAGCUGGUGGAAGACGAGGCUGAACUUCUCCGCAGGAAUUUAGCAGAUGUUGAGGAAGAGAACAAAAAGGUGACAAAUGAGCUCAAUAAACUUAAAUACAAAGCUGGGUCCCACGAACCUGGAUCAAGACACGGAGGAGGAGGAGCUGACCCCGCUAAAGUGGAGGCUCUCCAGGAGGAGCUGAAAGCAGCACGUCUGCAGAUCAAUGAACUGAGUGGCAAAGUUAUGCAGCUCCAGUACGAGAACCGCGUAUUGCUCUCCAACAUGCAGCGCUAUGACCUGGCCUCUCACCUGGGCAUCCGCGGCAGCCCUCGUGAUAGUGAUGCAGAGAGUGACGGAGGGCGGGAUGACGACACGCCCUCAGCCUCAGCUUCCUCUCCUCGCCUCCUCCCACCACAUCGCAAGCGCGAGGGCCCAAUUGGAGGAGAGAGUGACUCAGAUGAGGUGAGAAACAUCCGCUGCCUCACCCCGACACGCUCUCUUUACUCACCUGUAGAUAGUCGUUUUUUAUCCAGAAGCCUGAAGGACCGGCAGCAGAUGAUAGACAUCCGCAUCGAGGCGGAGAGGCUGGGUCGGACCAUUGACAGGCUCAUCACUGACACCAGCACUAUCAUUGCUGAGGCCCGAGUAUAUGUCACCAAUGGGGAGCUGUUUGCUAGGUUGGAUGAGGAUGAAGAAAGUGGCAGGAUCAGAGAGCAUGAGCUGCUGUAUCGUAUCAACGCCCAGAUGAAAGCCUUCAGGAAGGAGCUGCAGAGCUUCAUAGACCGCCUGGAUGUCCCCAAGCAGGAGGACAAACAGGCUGAGGAGCCACUUUCUUUGGAGGCUAGAGAGGCUGCUGGAUUGGUGCGUGGAGGGGUCCAGUCAGCGGCAGGUCCUGGCUCUUCAGCCUCACGGUGCCCUCGAGGCGAGCACGGCGAGACGUCAACGCUCCGCAGGGAGAGGGAAGAGCAGCAGAGGAUCCUGGCGGACACGUAUUCUACAGCCAUGGACCUGCGCAGUCGCCUGGAGCAUAGCGAGAGGGACUGGUUAAGAGAGAAAGCCGAGCUGCUGGAAAGGUUUGACGUGGAGAGAAGAGAGUGGGAGAACCAGCUGAAGGAUAUGCAGAAGAAAAUAGAAGAGCUGUACUGUGAGGUGAGAGCCAAGCGAGGGGGGGCCGGACUGGACAGUGGGAGGCGGGAUGUCAGUGAUGCUGUGCAUAGACUCAGCAUCCGUUCCACCAGCACAGGCUCAAGUCUUCUCAGCGACAACUCCCGCUCGGAGCCACUCAGCAGCAGCAGCCAGUCGGAUCCAAACAGACAACCAUCUUUGCCUGGCCUUGGUCACAACAGAAACAUCAGUGUUGAUGGUGGUUGUGGUAACAGAGACGGUCACUACACUACCUGCUUCCAAAAAGACAACCUGUGUGAUUUUAAUGUUGGUUAUCAGUUCAUUCGGAGUCAGUGUUCACAGCCUAAGCUUGUGGAUGAAUUGAAAUCUGCAGGGACUUGGCAGCAAAGCUCAGUCAUUGAUCGUAAGGAAGAUGUGGAUACAACAGAGCUGGAUGCUGUAUUUCAUGUAGCCCCAGAAUGCGGAGUAACACAGGAAUAUGUUUGUAAAGGCAACGAGGAAAGCGCCCGUGUUUGUUCUCCCGAAAGUCCUCUUUGGGUAGGCCUGAGUGACGGCAGUGACAAGAAGAAGAGCACCAUUGAUCUUAAUGCUGCUCUCAAAGAGAUUGCCCGUGUAAGUGAGGAGCUUUGUAGCUACCAGGAUGAGAUCAAAAAGAAGAAUGGAGAUAAGAGGAAUCGAUCUGAAUCCCUGUGUCUACCUCAGGAAAAUGACAUGCUCUUUGGCCACAAUGAAACCCGCCUGGAGGUAGAUGAAGCUCCUUGUGACCUCAGCCAGAUCUAUGAUGACCUCCGGGCCCUGGAGAGGGAAAAUUGGAUCACUUUCUCACCAGGUAACACCUGGCAAGCGAAAAGAGGGCUGAGUGAAUCCUGUAUGACAAGGGAUGCUGAUCCAGAUGGCUGCAGAAGCAAUCAAACAAGCCACGGAGUACACUCUGAAAUGGAUACAGCAGCCCCACCCGUCCCUCCUCGGACCUCCUCCUGGAAUCUGAGUGCUCCCACCAAUCCAGACACAGAGCUCCACAUCCCAGAAUCCCCCACAUCAACUGUGAAGAAGUGCCAUAGUCCCUGCGCUUUAGUGGACAGAAAGUGUAGCAGCCCAUCCAUUGUCAGGAAGUUUGAGGCUAUGCUACAAGAAAAUGAAGGAAAAGUUUUUGUAGAUGGUGUGGUAGCAUCAUGCUCAGUACCUGCUAACUCUAACUGUAAUAUGGCCUGUUGCCAUAACCGCUGGUCCUGUGAUGCAAGCAAGUUCACUAGCAGUAAGUUGUCCACAUAUGGAACUGUCCAGAAAAGCUUCUCUGAAGUCAACAUACGGAGUGAGAGGAAAAAUUUGUGCUCAGAUUACAGCCCAGGUGUUGAAAAUUUAAAAAGUGCUGAGGCACAAGCACCUGCGGCUGUACCUGUAGAUUUACUCUUGUCACCUAUGAGCCCCAAUAUGCAGGGCUCCAAAAGAAACCUAAUGCUGGAACAAAAAACAGCUGAGUUCAACCGAACUUUAUUUCAGGCUGAGAUGGGCCGUGGGGUAGAAGAAGAAGACAGUUUUAAUGAAACAAAUACCAACUCAGUGGGUUUCCACCCGCUUGUUACAGAAUCUGAGGUUUUGCCUUCCAAAGAGACUACGUUUGAGCCACACUUUACUGAUGCCACAACUAGCGUCAUGGGUGUGCAUCCUGAAGUGACGUUAUCUCUUUCUGACACCGAUUGUGCAAUACAGAACCCCGAGGUCCUACCAAGGUCAAUAAGAUGUGCCACUAAAGCCCAGGAGGCUGGAAUAAAGCAAGAAACCCCCUCUGUGCUUUCACCAGCACAACCACAGGCUGUUAUUAGGGAAGCACCAAUACCCUCUCAUAGUCCUGCACACCAGUGUGAGGUCAAGCACAAAGUUCGAACAGCAAGCAGUCCUUCAAGGAAAACACAACACAGAGCAGUAACAGAGGCUCUUUUUUCUGAGCCUGUCUUGCCUGCAAAUACUCAGCCUGUGGAUGAUUCCAGCUCUAAGAAAGAGAAUCCCCAUGGAGCAAAGGCUCAGCCAGCCAGAGCUGCUGUUUCACUCCAGCAGCUGUCUGCUGAGAACAAACAAAGACAGACGGCGCAGCCAAGACAUGUCUCUGGUCCUCCCUGCCAGUCUGACUCCUCCAGACCUGGGCCUCGAAUAAUGAAUGACCAUCCAUGGAAACCCCUCACUCUUGCUGCAUACCCAAGGCCCGAGGGGUCCAGGUCCAACUAUGGGGCAGUGGAAAGAAUUCUGAAAAAUUAUGAAAGCGCAGCUCGGGUACAACAGAACCAACAGAACGAGAUGCAUUCAAACUCAAACCCAUUCUUCAGUGUCGCGCAGGAGAAGAACGCCACAGAACUGGACAUGCUGAACGUGAACCCUCUGCCUUUACCUCUUACUUUGAGACAGACACAGAGUGCACUCAGUUUACAGACACACCCCAGUCAUGCACAUCUCAGCAGCCUUGGUGCCAGUGGUGUGAAAGAGAUACAGCUCGUUGUGCAGGAAGAUGAAGAGCCUUCUGUCUUUUCUUCAUCCACCCAGAAGUGCUUUUCAAGACCCGCCCGUCCAGCCAACCGUCGUCUCCCCUCACGAUGGGCCAGCCGCUCCCCCACUUCAUCCUCCUCCACCUCAUCCUCUCCUUCUACCACUCCUGUCGGGCCUCCAUCCAUUCCCCUUCAGAAGCACACUUCCUCCUUUACAUAUUCACACACCUUUCACAUAGAGACUGUCAUCAUUUGAACUUCACUGUGUGACUGAACCAACCAGAAGCCUUCAGUAAUAACCUCGGAACUUUGAACCUUCCCGUUUCUGUUUUUACUGUUGUAUAUACCAAUCCAGACUGCCUCUUAGCUACUACAGACUAAGAAGUGCUUUAGUUGUGAGUUCAUCAACUCGCUCUUAGAAUGUAUGUGGCAUCCAGGGGAGCCUAAUUGACCAAGAAAGGUGAGAAAAGUAAAGCAGCUUCAGUUGUUCAGCAGUAUGCUCUGAUUAAUCUGCUAGGAAUCAUACCUAGCAUCAGACUUUGAAUACACAAGGAAUGACACAGCCGUUGUGUCAUUCAUUUAUGCCAACCAUGUAAAUGGAUAAUCUAUGCUCAGGUCUUGAUUCUAGCUUUGACUAGUGUAGCCUUGCUAAUCUAUCAGCAACAGAUCCUUCACUGCUCCCUCUGGCAUAUAAACUGUAUUUACACCUUCAAAGUGAUGCUGAUUCAUGAUAAAGCGGUCAAACUCUUAGCCAAGUAAAAUGCAAAAUGAUGUAUUUACGAUGUACUUUAUUUUGUAUUUUGCAUCAUGUUUGCGUGCUUUUUGCACAAAGUGUGAUGUUACAUAUACAACAUGUAGCAUCGUGUUGAAUUCAGAGAUGAAGAUUGUUUAUUUUCUUUUAGAAUUGCCUCCUCCCAAAUAAAGCUGUGUCAGUUUUUCUGCCUUCUUGAUCAUCAUCUUCAGUACAUGCCUGGACUGUACCUUGCCUGUGACUAAAACAAACCGCUUUACACUUAUUUUUGGUUUUACAUUUGUCAUGAUAAAGCAAAAAGAACAUUUACUUGAUAUCAACAGAUUAAAAUGUGAGUUUGUUUUUUAUAACUUUGUACCAAAGGCUGAUUUUUUUUUUUUUUUUUGGGGGGGGGGGGGUG